UUCUCUUCUUUGUGGGAAAAGAAAUGGUUUAGCCUAUAAUAAAGACCUUGAAACACAUGACUACAGAAACCUACUAAAGAUGUCUGUUCCAAACCAGCACCGUUCAACUAUUGUUAAUCCUCUACCACCAGAAUACAUAAAUCCUAAAAACAAUGGUUGUCUAACAAAUCAACUUCAAUAUCUGCAGAAGGUAGUCAUGAAAGCUGUGUGGAAGCACAACUUUUCCUGGCCAUUUCACCAGCCUGUUGAUGCUGUUGCACUAAACCUUCCGGAUUACUAUAAUAUCAUCAAGAAACCCAUGGACUUGAGCACAAUUAAGAAACGUUUGGAACACAACUAUUACACAAAAGCUACAGAGUGCAUUGAAGACUUCAAAACAAUGUUCACAAAUUGCUAUGUGUAUAACAAGCCAGGUGACGACAUUGUGUUCAUGGCCCAAGCAUUAGAAAAAGUAUUCAUGCAGAAAUUGGCACACAUGCCACCAGAAGAGAAAAUAGCCAUUGCCAAUAAAGGGAAGAGAAAAGGAAAGAAACCAGAAGGACCUCAGCAGACUGAUCCAGGGGCUUCUGAGGUCAAGCAAAAUCCUCCACAGAAACCACUUAAAAGUCUUGAGCAGUCUCAAGUUAUGACUCCAGUGUCACAGAAGGGUACAUUAGCAUCUUUGUCUACAGCUCAUUUGAGUACUUUAAUGCCAGCCACAGUCCCUAUAACAAAAGUUAAAAAAGGUGUGAAAAGGAAGGCUGAUACUACAACUCCUACUGCAUUAUUUACAGCAAGCAGUGAAUUUUCUCCUGUACUUAAUGAACCAAAAGUUGCUAAACCAUGUAGAGAAGAGAAUGAAAGUAGUCUACCAGAGAAGUUUCCAAAGCGAGAUGUGCCAGAUUCUCAACAGUCUCCUGAGGUGGUCAAAAAAGUUCAACUUUCAGAACAACUGAAACAUUGCAAUGAGAUUCUUAAAGAAAUGUUUUUGAAGAAACAUGCGUCAUAUGCUUGGCCUUUUUAUAAAUCUGCAGAUGUUGCAGCCUUGGGACCUGAUAUAAUUAAAUGCCCUAUGGACCUCAGUAUUAUUAAGAAAAAAAUGGAUAACUACGAAUAUAAAGAUACACAAGAAUUUGCUGCAGAUGUUCGGUUAAUGUUUAUGAACUGCUACAAAUACAAUUCUCCAGACCAUGAAGUGGUUGUUCUGGCAAGAAAACUCCAGGAUAUUUUUGAGAAACAGUUUGCUAAAAUUCCAGAUGAACCUGUUGCAAACCUACCUCUGUCACACUCCACAACUGAACUAGUAAAAGCUUUUUCUACUGAAAACAGCAGUGAAGACUCCUCUGAAAAAAAGUCCUCUUCUGAAGACUCGGAAGAUGAAAGAGCACAGCGCCUUGCAAAGCUUCAGGAGCAACUUAAAGUUCUUCAACAGCAGUUGCGGGCUUUGACCAAAACAUCUUUCCCCAAACCCAGGAAGAGAAAAGGAAUCUCUAAGAAAGAAAAGAGAGGAAGCAAGGAAAAAUCUAAAAUGAAAAAUGUGACUCAGAAAAAAAAGAAGCUAAAGCACACAAAAAAACCAAAGAAAAAAUUGGCGUUAAACCUCCAAUCAAAGAGAACCAAGCAGCAAGUUUUAUUGGCACAUAAGUCAGAAGAUGAGGAUAGUGCCAAGCCUAUGAAUUAUGAUGAAAAAAGACAGUUGAGUUUGGACAUAAAUAAACUCCCUGGAGAUAAACUUGGAAGAGUAGUGCAUAUAAUACAGUCAAGAGAGCCUUCACUGAGAAACUCUAACCCUGAUGAGAUAGAAAUAGACUUUGAAACUUUAAAAGCAUCAACACUUAGAGAACUAGAGAAAUAUGUGGUGGCUUGCUUAAGGAAAAAAACAAGAAAACAACAUGCUAAGAAACCAGUGAAGUCAAAAGAAGAACUUAAUUUUGAGAAAAAAAGAGAGUUAGAAAAGAGACUUCUGGAUGUUAAUGGGCAACUAAACCCCAAGAAGCAAAACGCCAAACCUGAAAACAACGCUCUGCCAAACAUGGGUGGCCCAAGCCGACUAAGCGAGAGCAGCAGCAGCAGCUCCUCUGACUCUGGCAGCAGCAGUAGUAGCAGCAGUGAUUCUAGCUCCUCAUCAGACAGCAGUGACUCGGAGUCAGAAAUAUGCUCAAAACAGAACAGCUCAAGUCAAAAUAGCUUAACUUCUAACAAGCAAAUGAAGGACUUAAAGCUGAAGAAUACAGAGUCCUGGAUAAGCUUAUGUAAGAAGAUGGCACUUCCAGCUCCCAUAAAAGCUUCAACUGAAAGCUUCAAACAAUUCAGGAAAGUGGCACUAGAAAAGGAAAAGAGUGAGCGAGUGCAGGAAUUGAGGAGACAAGUAGAAGCUGAGGGGCAGUGGAAUCCUCUUCCUCAAGAAAGGAACCAAGAAAGAAUGGAAUUGGAACCGGUGGCAAUAAAAGCCCAGGAGCCCCAGAAAGAGGACCCAAUAAAAGAACAACAACAAUCACUGAGGGCACAACAAAAUUUGCAACAAGGUCUUGUCAAAGACCGUGACUUGGCUAGAAAAAUGGAGCAAGAACGCAGGAGAAAGGAAGCAAUGACUGGUACCAUUGAUAUGAAUAUGCAGAGUGUUAUAAUGGCAACUUUUGAAGAAAAUCUUGAGUGAAAUCUUUGACUCUGGAAAUGGCUGCAACCUGGCUACAGCUUAAGUGAUAAUAUUCGAUGUUGUUUGUACAAUAAACUUCAUAAGUGCUGAAUGCCUGUGUGCUAUU